GAAGAAUCUCUCGAGCAGUGACCGGAUCGAACCGGAGCCCAAAGUGAGAAGAGAAAAGUCAAGCUGAAGUUCGCGAUCAGUUUUUCGAGUUUGCGUCGUGGUUUCUCGGUUUUCGUCGGUUUUUCGAGUGUUGGAAUGUGAGUGUGCCGUGGCACAAAUGUUUUUUUUGAAAUUUUGUCAUUUAGUUUCUUAAUGGGCUGUAUUUUGAUACCCAUUUCUCACCGGGAUUGACCUGGUUACAGCCUCCUAGGCUGAAGCCUGUUUGGUAAAGAUACAUAUUUUAAUUGAGUCUGCAGCUUUGUUUAAUCUAGUAAGGAAUUUUACUUUUUGAUUACAAUUGUCAAUCAUUUCAUUUUUGUUGGGUGUGAGUCUAUUCCCUUCGGCUUUGAGUUUUAUAUUUGUACCUGAUAGCAUCGUACACAUAACCCUUAUGAUGUGUUUGCCUCUUAAAUAUGUGACGCGUUUUUCUGUCGAUCUAGAGAUAUGUUGUAAUUACUAAUUCAACUGUGCAAAUUCGUUCCUCGAACUAUUUCUUUUCACAAUAUUUAGUAUUGUUUGUUUUCUGAACUUUGCUCUCUCAAUGUUUCUUGUUAAACCACUCCCCAAAAUGUACAUCCCUUGUGUCACAAUGCUAUCUAAAGGCCUUAUUGUGUAUAGAGGUAGUUUAUUCUCUGUUAUUAACAUUUUUGAUGAAGAAUCUAGUAGCAUUAUGUUUGAAAAUCAUGAGUUAUAUCAUUUAUGCAAGCCAGGGUGAAAAGUUGUUUGCUUGUAAUUUUUGGAUGAAAAGUGUGGACAUUGAAUGUAUUAUGAUCUGGAUACUCGUCGCUGUGUUGAGAUCAUCUAGAAGAAAUGAAUGAAAUGAAGACAUCCUACUCACUCUUCAUUGUAGGAAAAUCUAUUUUCAAACCAGGCAGGUCUUCAUGGGCAAGAUCAGAAGAUUGUGAUAGAGGUCAUCUUAUGUUGCCGCUAGUUUUUUAAGUGCUGUGAAAUGAAAUAGUGGUCAUCUGUGUCCUACAACUUGAAGAUCAGUGCAACUUACCAUCCCAGGCUGUCUUGUCAUCUUUGCUGAACUUUCAAUCAUCACCACUACGCAUUCCGUCUUCCUGGCUGUACAUGCCAAAUCGAGUUUUCGUUAUGUGUAUAGCUGACCUUACGGAAAGACUGUCGUGCACCAAGGUCAGCUGCGUCGUUUGUACCGCUUGAAAGCCAGCCGUUCGCGUUCUGCUAGGCUUUCAAAUGUGAUUUGCCGUGGGGCCCUCUCCACUCCGUUGUUGACCAUCCGGUUAUAUUGAGGGUACCGUAUGGCUUAUUCCGACCGCCGCCGAGCCAAUUCGUUAUACCCCUCGAUUAAUGGUCAGAGCCGGAAAGUCUUGUCGCCUCUCGUUCUUAUUUGUACGGUACUUCUCGGGACGUGAUCGUAUCGGUAACCUACUUUCCGCUCGCUAAGUGGGUGUCGCAUUUGUAUAUGCCUACCGCUGGCAUCGGUUCCAUUUUAGUCAAGUGAUGGUGCCGAGCACUAUUUCAAUGGAAAUGAUGAAGUAGAGAUGUCAAGGUACGAUCGGUCGCCACGCUCGCGGUCAAAUCAGUCCACCCGUUUGCGGAUGGACUCCUACUCUGGUGGAAGCAAUGGACGAUCUGCCCCGCGGGGCAAAUCUCCCAAAAGAAAUGAACUCAACAACGUUAUGAGGAAGGCACGUCAAGACAACUCUAAACCCAGCAUUUAUUGGAACAAGAAGCUGUUAGAGGCUGAGGAAAAAGAUCCCAACAGAUGGCGCCACAGCGGCUACAAGGAGCUGUACGCCGACGGCUCGCCCAACAACCCUCGGCGGAGUCGGUCGCGGUCCCGCUCGCGCUCGCACGUGCGGCCCAACGCCAGGUCCAAGUCGCGGUCGCGGUCCAUCCGAUCGAACAAGUCGCGCUCCCUCAGCCCUCGCGGAGGCGGGCUGCGCAGGGGGCUGGCGGGCCGCGACCGCAUCAGGUCGCCGCCGUUGCCCGCGCGGCCUUCCCCACCCCCGCGACAGCGCUCCAGGGACCGGGAGCGUGAGCGUGAGCGCGAGAGGGAGCGCGAGCGGGACAGGGACAGGGAGCGCGAGCGGCUUCGGGAGCGCGAACGAGAGCGCGACCGUGCCCGCGAGCCGCCGCGCAAGGAGCAGGGGCUGCGCUCGCGCCCCAGGAGGCCCCAGACACCGGAGCCACCCCCGCCCAAGCCCUCGGCCUCCGCCCGCCGCCCGGAGCACAUGGACAUCCGCAGGAAGGGCCCCGGCCGCUCUCCAGUGCGCGCGCCCUCCGCCUCCGGCAGCUCUCGCUCUGUGAGCAGCUGCUCCGACUCGGUGUGCUCCGUGUGCUUGCCCAAGAGUAAGGGCACCAAGAAGGCCACCACCCCGCCCCCUCAGGGGAGGAGACACACCCCGCCGACCAGGCGCACGCCGCCCCCGCGCAGGAUCGCGUCCAGCCCCACCACCAUCCCCCGCCGGCCCGUGGUCAGCCCGCCUCCGAGCGACCCCCGCGGGCCGCCGCCCUCGCCCCCGCCCGCGGCGCGCCGCGCAGCCAAGGCGAAGCGGAGGGCCGAGCGGGAGAAGGCCAAGCUCAAGGGGAUGAGCAAGCGGCGCCGCGCCGCGGCCGGCCUGGCCAUGGUGAAGCUGGAGGGCGUGCCGCGCCACCACUCGCCGCCGCUGCACGACUCGGCCUCCGACUCGUGCUCCACCUCGUCGCGGUCCUCGAUGGGGGCGCCGCGGCUCACGCUGUCCGAGCGCUUCGGCAAGAUGGCGCAGUGGAGCGAGAACAGGCGCGACCUGGACGGGGUCCGGAACAUGCGCAUCACCAAGGAUUCGGACGGCACCGACUUCAAGGUGGUGAUUGACGAGGACGAGGAGAUCGCCCCGUACCGGCCGCUGAGCCCCGUGCCCAUGCCCGUGUCUGACCGGCGCGUCGGGCUCGGGUACUUCCCCGAGGCCCUGCACUCUGCCCCGGUGGGGCUGGAGGCUUGGGACGACGUGCGGGUGCGGUACCAGUACUACAAGGACCGCGGCUACUUGCGGGACCUGUCGCUGGACGACUACAUGAAGUGGGAGGAGUGGUGGUACAAGUACCAGGAGUGGCUCGAGGCUGAGCGCUACUACGAGCAGUGGCACGCCAUGCGCGGCCACCUCGGCCGCAGUGGUCGGCGCGGCAAGAGAAACCGGAUAUAGGGGCACGCCGCUUCCCGCCACAGUAAGUCCAGCAAGUCGGCUUCGGCGUCCGCCUCGGCGUCGACCGACUUGGCCCCGGAGGCCGUCGUCGUGAAGGAUGCGGCGGCCCCCGAGGCCACCACCCUCUAAAUCUUGGAGGAGUGGCGCUGGCAGGGCGGGGAGCAGGGCGACGUGCGGUCCCGAGUAGCGGGGGCGAGUGUGCGUGAGUGAGAGUGCGUCAAGCCAUCAUCCAUUCAAGGACUCAGCACCACCACCACCGAGCCACACACAGCUUCCUUGAGGUCAGCUACUUCAAUGUGACACCGUCGUCCUUUCCGUUGUCUUGUUAUGUACCUCAAUAUUUUUUUUCUUUUCAUUGUUCAUUAAUGUGUGGAUUAUAUCCCAUGACCAGGCUAAGUACAUUAAUGAGGGUUUAGCAAGGAUCUUCCCACUGUCAUGCUUGCUUAAUUGUAAGAAACUAGGUUUCAUGGUGGUACGUACUGACGUAUUUUUAGGGAUCGUACUCUUAGUUGAGAGGAAGUUCAUCCCUAUGAAAGAUGCGGUUAAGUCACUUAUCAGUCAAUAGUUUGAGGAUGCAUGAUUAUUAUAAUAAAAUAAUUGAUGGAGAGUAAGAAUGCUAUUUUUUCAACUUGAGAAUCUGUUUUUAAGCUGUUGGUGCAAUUUUUAUUUUGUUUUUGUUUCCAUUGUAUUAUGGAAUCAGAUUUCUUUGUAAGCAAUUUUUUUUCCAUCUAAAAGCCCUCUAAAACCUGUUAAGACUUGGAAGUAAGAAAAUAUGUAUAUUUGACUUUUAUUGUGACCUAGAACAACAGUUGUUGUUUCUUGAAUUUGUUUUAAUUCUAUUGUCUUAGGAUGAAUAACAUCAGUUGAAUGCAGUAUUUUUGUUUACUUGACUUGGUUUAUCAGAUACCACACUUGUAUGGUCAGACUGUUUGUCAUCCUUUUGUAUGAAAUACUGUUGAGGUUUAUAUGGACUUAGAUUCUCAUGUUAGAAUUUAUCACUCGAAAUAUGUAAUUGUUGUAUGUCUCUCAGCAUGUGUCACAUGUCAUGGGGUCAGACUUGUUGCUGUUGUGUAAUGUGUAAUGGGAGUUUGUAAUUAGUAGUGUCUGUAAUUUUCUCACUACCUACCUCAACACCUAAUCCUCUAAGCCCAUCUACUAAAAUACUUUCUAAUAUUUGUGUG